CUACGGUCUUACUUAUUGCCGGUGUAAAAAAGUGUGCGAGAAGUGUGCUCUCCGCGAAUAUAAAUAAAUUAACAAAAGCCAGGGUCUAUAUGUUUUAAAACUAGAUGUUAGAAUGUCCCUGCAUACGGGCCUGGUUUUCAUUUUCACGAUUUUAGCCUCUGUUAGUAUCGUCGCGGCUAUAAUUUUGUUGGGCUGGUUUUUGAUUUGGAAGGCUUUUCUCUCUAAAUUUCGUCUGGUGCGGGAGCUAUUGGGCCAAGAGGAGCCGGAGGAGCAACAGCCACUCGUUUGGGAUCAUCAGCGGGAACAACAGCAGCAUCAGCCCAGAGCCAGGAAAGCUCGCCGCGAUUAGGAACCAUAAACAAAAGAAACUGAGACCAAUUCGCCCAGCAAAAUGAAUAUCCGUUGCGCCAAGCCCGAGGAUCUGAUGACCAUGCAGCACUGCAAUCUGCUUUGCUUGCCCGAGAACUACCAGAUGAAAUACUACUUCUACCAUGGCCUCACCUGGCCGCAGCUUAGCUAUGUGGCUGAAGACGACAAGGGCAGCAUCGUUGGGUAUGUCUUGGCCAAAAUGGAGGAACCGGAGCCGAAUGAAGAGAGCAGGCACGGCCACAUUACCUCGCUGGCGGUGAAGCGUUCCUAUCGUCGUCUGGGUCUGGCCCAGAAGCUGAUGAAUCAGGCCUCCCAAGCCAUGGUGGAGUGCUUCAACGCCCAGUAUGUGUCCCUGCAUGUACGAAAGAGCAAUCGGGCUGCCUUGAAUCUGUAUACCAACUCGCUGAAGUUCAAGAUAAUUGAGGUGGAGCCGAAAUACUAUGCGGAUGGCGAAGAUGCUUAUGCCAUGCGUCGCGAUCUUGGUGAGUUUGCCAGCGAGGAUCGGACCAAGUCGAAGAAUGCGGGCGAUGAAGAGACGUCUGGUGGUGAUAAGGCUUCCCACAGAUCCGGUGGCCAUGGGCAUGGACACUCCCACAACCACAGCGGCCAUGAUGGUCACUGUUGCUGAACAACUAAAUUUCUACACACGCUGGCGGCACGUGUUUCGACGGUUUUUGCAUUUUUAUGCACUAGGGUUUUGUAAUUAAUUAACAUACAUAUAAAACGUAAUUACGAUUAAAGAGAAGAUAAUGACAGA